UUUUUAUACACCCUAAUAUAUGUAUAUAAUUUUACAAGAAUAGAACACACACCUAUUGGUUAACGAUGCAUGCGCGAUACUUCAGGCACAUGCGCUGUAGAAAUAUCGCGCACGCGCAGCAGACAAAACCUUCAAUAAGUCAAAAUAAAGUAAAAUGUCCUGUCAAUUUAAAAAUUAAUAAAAUAAUAAAAAAUUACUAUGCAACAAUCAUCAACACAUUUCGGAAAUAAUUUAAAUAAUAUUCCCGCGUCAUAUAUUUCUCUUGAUCAAAACAAUGUCCUCCCGGACCAAUCGACUGUUCAUAUCCCCGUUGCCGCCGGAGGACCUCCGUUACUUCCUCCAUUGGUUAGAGGUCAAAAUAUUCAAAGUGGUCCAUAUACACUGACAGUAACCAACAGUAUGGUACUGGAACGGGAGCGUCAAAAUCAAGAAAUUUAUCGCUUUUGGUUAGCUCAGCAGAGACGUAAUUUAGGAGGCACCCAAACUGACGAAGAUUAUUUUGCCGAAUUUAAAAGUUCUAAAAUACGCCGAAAUUUUAUAACUAAAGUUUUUUUUAUAUUAUUUUUGCAAUUUUUAUUUACAGCACUCUAUGUAUCUUUUUUUUUAUUCUAUCCACCUGCACGUGAUUUUAUAAAUCGUUACUGGUAUUUAUGGGUCAUAGCAAUGACGGUAUUUAUUUGCUCAUAUUGUAGUAUUUCGAUAACCGAUUGCGGAAGAAGACAAUCAGGAUGGGGAAUUACGUUAUUGUUAUUACUGACACUUGCUGAGUCGCAUUUGGCUGCCUACAUAUCAAUUCGCUUUCAAGUAGAAGUGGUCUUGAUAACCGUUGGUACAACCGCGGCAGUAGCACUCUUAGUUUCGAUCGCGGCGAUUUUUUUCAAAUUUGACUUCACCAUGUGGGCUGGACUCUUAAGUAUUCUAGGCGUCGUUUUAUUAAUGGCGGUCGUAUUAUUGACAGUGUUAAUGAUGUACACUAAAAUUUCAGUUAUUAUCACAGUUUUUGGAGUAAUCGGUGCUUUGAUAUUCUCAUUGUAUCUGUACUUUGAUGUGCAGACAAUAAUGGGUGGUAGGAAAAUUCAAUUAUCCCCGGAUGAAGUUAUAUUUGCCACAACACAACUUUACGUCGAUAUUAUUGGUCUUUAUCGUUAUUUAUUGCUCCUAAUUGGUGGUUCUACUAGAACUUGAUCAUUUAUGAGUUUUUAUAAACAUUUUACACUAUUUUUUAUAUCAAUAAAUGUUUUUUUUACA